AUGACGGCUCCUUUGGGAACUGGGCAUUACUGCUUUGCUACGGUGAAAAGGAAGGUGGUGGCCGCAAAAAAGACGAAAAUGUCUCUGGAGUCGAUCAACUCUAGGCUCCAACUUGUUAUGAAAAGUGGAAAGUAUGUGCUGGGGUACAAACAGACUCUGAAGAUGAUCAGACAGGGCAAAGCGAAAUUGGUUAUCCUCUCCAACAACUGUCCAGCUUUGAGGAAAUCUGAAAUAGAAUACUAUGCCAUGUUGGCUAAAACUGGUGUUCAUCACUACAGUGGCAAUAACAUUGAAUUGGGCACAGCAUGUGGAAAAUACUACAGAGUGUGCACACUGGCUAGCAUUGACCCAGGUGAUUCUGAUAUUAUUAGAAGCAUGCCAGAACAGACUGGUGAAAAGUAAACCAGGAAAGUUUUUCUUUAAUAAAACUUUACCAGAGCUCCUCUGGAAAAA